UUGGAUACGAAUUGGAAUAGGAAUAUGCGCACACACCAUAUGAGGUAGAUUCUGUGAUUCAUGCGCAUCUUCCCAGGUUUUCUCUUUCUAGUUUCUCCUCCUCCCAAUCAAUCAGACCAAACUGAAAUAACAGCCCUAUUCUCUCUGUUUCUCUAUCUCUCAUUUUCUUCUCUUAUUCUAUCAAUCUGUUUAUAGAACAAAGUUCUACGGUGCUCCCGGAGUAUUCAAAACUCCGGAGAGACUUCCCAUUUAUAUUCUUUACACCCCAACCAAACCUCCUAGGAUUUCCUCAGGUUAACUAAUUCGCCACAUAUUCCAGGAGUACAAUUAUAAGUUAUACAUUGGCUCACACUGAGCACACCCCUUCCUACUGUUGCCAGCAAGUUUUUGCUGGCAAUAAAGUCGCUUUGGCUUACUACUGAAGCUUUAUGAGUCCCCAGAGUACAUUGAAUCCUAGUAGAGCCCUAGAGGGCAUACAUGGGGUACACGUGGUGUCUUGUUCAAGGUUUGAAUCAGAAGAGACUACUCAAGAUGGGGACUUUGCCCACUCAACUUGUACGAGUUCAGCUAUUGGAACAAAUUUGUCUAUGCAGGGAGUAUGGCAGCAUACACCACCAUAUUUGAGGCCUAUCCAGGGUUGCAUUCACGGUGAUCGUACCCUUGCAGAAACAGUUGUUAAUGUGCUCACUUCACUUCCUUUCAUAGUUCUUGGGAUCCAUACCCCAAGAAAGAACCUAAACACCAAGCUAUAUGCUAAUUCAUUAAUUGGAGUUGGAGUUGCCUCAAGUUUAUAUCACUCCUCAAGAGGAAAACUAAGGAAAUAUUUGAGAUGGGCUGACUAUACAAUGAUAGCCACAGCAACAGUGUGUCUCUCAAGAGCCCUCAGAACUGAAAAUCCAAAAUUCCUCAUGGCAGCUUCUGCAGUUUUCCUACCUAUUCAACCUCUGAUGGUUUCAGCCGUUCACACUGGAAUGAUGGAGGUAGCGUUUGCCAAAAGAGCAUUAAAAGAUCCAGAGUUAAGGAUGGCUCAUAAUGUACAUAAGAUGUCAUCACUAUUGGGUGGUAUACUUUUUAUUGCAGAUGAUGUUUUUCCCAGAACUCCAUACCUUCAUGCUGCAUGGCAUCUUGCUGCAGCUGUAGGUGUUGGCUCCUGCAAUAAGCUUCUCGAGUAGUUAAUAAUUAGUGUAUCUAGCAUAUUCAAUCUGUUGUUACCAAAAGACUUAAAUUGGGAGAAAAAUAGAGCUCUGCAUUGGGAAUCUGCUCAUUCCAUAUUCCCAAAUCAUGAUUCUUAUGCCUCACAUAUUGCCAUAUAAUGUGUAAAUUCAAGAGAGAAGCAAGGGAGAACAACAUGUAGUUACAUAUAAGGUGGCUGUGCCGCUAAGUAAUUGUAAGGUGUUGAUUUUGUUUC